AGAUAGGAGAGGAGGGGCUGGAGAGUCCCAGCCGUGGCCCCCCUCCCCCCCCUUCCGCUCCUCUGCCAAGCAGGGUGCCAGAGGGCGCCCGGGUGGCAGCUUUGCCUCCGCCGUAGAGCAGGACCCUGGGGCCCGCACGCCGCCACUGGCCCCCUUGGGCACCAUGGACUGGCUAGCUCAGCGCUGGCCGCCGCUUGCUGCUCAGAGCUGCCUUCGCCCCGGCUGCCUCGCCUGGCUCCUGGUGGCAAUAGCCUUCCUCCUGUCAUACCCUAUGCUACGGACCAUCAGCCUCCAGCUCCACUCCGCAGUUACUGGAAGCUACCUGUCUGGGACUCAUUCAAUUGCCUUUGUUAACUGCCCCAAUGAACAGAUUGCCAGAGACAUAGCAAGGACCAUUCUAGAGAAGAAGCUGGCUGCCUGUGUGAAUAUCCUGCCAAGGGCCUCUUCUCUGUACUUUUGGAAGGGAGAGAUUGAAGAAACCUCUGAAAUACUUUUGUUAGUGAAAACGAAGACUUCAAAAAUACAUGAACUCUCUAACUACAUCAGAUCAGUUCAUCCUUUUGAAAUUCCUGAGCUCAUCAGCCUACCCAUCGACCAAGGAAACCCUCUUUAUUUAAAGUGGAUUGAGGAAGGAGUAGCUGAAAAUUGAGCAGAGGCCUCUCUGCUUCCUGGUGUGACCAUUCUCACAUUGUUGUUUUUCCCAUUGGGGAGAAGCCUGGAUAGAGUUUGUCAAGAGGUGGGAGAGACAAUUGUUCUCCCUUGGAUUGCAACAUAUUUAGAAGAUAACCUAUGGAUUCUGAUGCUUAUGUCAGCCUUUCACCCAUUUCAAGUAAUGAGCAGAAAAGGUGAAAAGGGUUCUGAAUGGAAGAGAAGAUAACUAUAUUUCAGCCUCUCCCUUCCCUUCAUGAUGAAAGUUUGAUUCUUUAAGGGGCUGGUUGUGAGGGUUCUAUCCUUCCUCUCUUCGCCUUCACCCACUACCAUAUGUAGCAUCCUUUAAUACAUUAUUUUAUUUGAACCUCAAAGCAACCGUGUAGUGUAGGUAUUAUCUUUGUUUUACAUAUGAGGAAGCUGAGGCUCUGAGAUGAUAUGACCUAUCCAUGGUCACAUAGCUAGUUAGGUAUGAAAGGCAAGAUCUGGACCGAGACCUUCCACUUUCUCUAGUUCCUUCCUUGUCAGACUCUGCUGAAUCCAGGUUUUACUUAGGGAUGUCUUUUGGUUGUUAAAGACAUUGUUGGAAUUCCAGCUCAACCCUCUGAAAUUCCUACAGUAUUAAAUUCUAAAAGAUGCUGCCUUACCGUGAAUAUUGCAUCAGGUUCUGGGUUCCACAUGUUAAAAAGGACACUUAGUAUGGAGCUUUGUCAAUGUGAGGAUACCAAGGGGGAGAGUGGAUUUUAAAUCAGUCCUCUGAGGAAUAUACUAGUAUUAUAUAUACCAGCUUAGAGUCUCCCCAUGUGAAGUCUUCCCUGGUCUAUCCCAGGCUGUCUUGGUCUCUUCCUCUGAUCCUAUAGUAUCUAAGGUUGAUCUAUCAUAGGCCCCUUACCAUUUAUUGCCUUGAAUUGUUAUUUGCCUUUGCAUAUUGUAAAUAUAAAUUGGUGAGUUAUAAAAUAAAAUAUUUAAAUGGAAAAA